CUUUGACCACUUCAUUCCAUUUAUCGGCGUCGUCCAUUCCUUUCUCUCUUUGGGAUUGUGGAUAGUGUUAGUGUUUGUCAACAUGACUGAAACAGCAAGUUCUGCCAAGGUCCCAGAAACAAUCUUGAAACGAAAGGCUCUUCAUGAAAAGAUCAGGACAAAGAGAGAAGAGCAAGCUGCCAAGUUGAAAAAACAACGACAAGAACGUAGAAAAGAAAUCUUCAAAAGGGCUGAAAAGUAUGUGAAAGAGUAUAGAGAAAAGGAACGUGCCGAAAUCGAAGCUCGUAGACGUGCAAAAGCCGAAAAGAAAUUUUAUGUACCUGCUGGAGCAAAAGUGGCCUUUGUUGUACGCAUUCGAGGAAUCAACGGUGUCGAUCCCCGAACGCGGAAAAUAUUACAACUUUUACGUUUGCGACAGAUUCACAACGGUGUCUUUGUGAAAGUGAACGAGGCAACUAUGCAAAUGUUACACCGAGUUGAGCCUUAUAUUGCAUAUGGCUAUCCAAGUCUGAAAAGUGUCCGUGAUCUUAUAUAUAAGAGGGGCUUUGUUAAAAUAGGAAAGAGACGGGCAUGGUCGCGAAUUCCUUUAACGGACAAUCGUCUUAUUGAAGAUGUUCUGGGAAAGUAUGGCAUAAUUUGUGUGGAAGAUAUGAUUCACGAAAUCUAUACUUGUGGGCGACGUUUCAAGAAAGUGAACAAUUUUUUGUGGCCUUUUAAGUUGAACUCUCCAAGAGGUGGUUUCUCACGUCAUGGAAAGCGUAGACAUUUCAUUGAAGGUGGUGAAUUUGGUAAUCGUGAGCAUUUAAUCGAUAGACUCAUUAAGAAAAUGAUUUGAACGGAAUAUAAAGACAUCAUUUUCAUUUCAUACAUAUGUAUGCUUCAUUAUUAUCGUUUAUUGGUUGUUCAUUUCCGUAUUGAAGUAUUCGACGAGGCAUGUCUUCUUUGGCAUGCCAUACUGUUUCUGGUAUUGGUCUUGAGAUUUGUAAAGGCUUGUAUGGUAUAGUCGAAUCAUAUUUGGUUCGUAGCUUUGUUGGUAAAAAAGGAAAUCUCUUCAUAAGGGAAGGGUUGGUCGUGAUAU